UUUGUCUCUUCAUCAUGCUGCGGUUCUGACAUAACGCGACAUUUUCACCCGUUAUGUUUACAGCCACGACGUCGCUAUUUGUGAGGUGAUACAGUGAUUUAUACAAUGCAGAAUGGACAAGAAGAAAAACAUAGACAUUGCUUUUAAAACCACUGGAUGCACUUGGUUAAGUCCAGUCAGCGAUCAGGUUGGAGUUCCUUUGGAUCAGGUGAAUUUCAUUGCCUGUCAGCUGUUUGGAUUAGCAGCUGCAUUCUGGUUUCGCCUCUAUCUCAGUCCCCAACGUGCCACUCCUGAGGUCCGACAUGCGGUCGCUGCCAUCCUUGGAGCUUCGUCUGUCAUGUUUUGCUUUGGCUGGUAUGCUGUACAUAUCUUCAUUCUGGUUUUGGCUUGUUAUGGGAUUAUGAUUAAAGCCAGCGUCCGCAAUGUUCACAGAUAUACUAUGGUUGCAUCAAUCGGAUACCUAACAGCUUGCCAAGUGAGCAGAGUGUUCAUAUUCGACUAUGGCAUCCUGUCCACAGAUUUCUCUGGCCCUUUGAUGAUGAUAACACAGAAAAUCACUAGUCUCGCCUUCCAGGUGUAUGAUGGUAUGGGUCGAAAGCAAGAGGAACUUAAAGAUGAUCAGAGGCGGCUGGCUGUACACUCUAAGCCAUCGCUGUUGGAGUACCUAAGCUACAAUAUAAAUUUCCUGAGUGUCUUGGUGGGUCCCUGUAGUAAUUAUAAAGACUACGAAGAGUUUAUAAAGGGCCAGCAUGUCCAGCACAGGCUGAAAAGAGUGAAAGACGGCAGCCUGCAACAGAACGGCUGGGAUAAAGUGCCUGAGCCAUCGCCUGUGAGGACUGUGAUUACGAAGGUUCUUGUGUGCGUUUGCUGUCUGCUCUGGUUCUUCAUCAUCACCCGGGCAUUCCCCAUAAAGUACAAUGUGGACCCACAGUUCAUCACGGAGGCCUCCUUCAUUAGCAGACUGGCUUAUGCCUUUGUAUCCAUCCAGGCAGCCAGACCCAAGUUCUACUUCGCAUGGACGCUUGCGGAUGCAGUACAUAAUGCAGCGGGUUAUGGAGUCAGCGGUGUGAAUGAGAGAGGAGAAGUGUCCUGGGACCUUGUCUCCAACGUUCGCAUCUGGGAAAUUGAGACAGCGACGAGUUUUAAAUCAUUUAUUGACAACUGGAAUAUACAGACGGGUCUUUGGCUGAAAAGAGUGUGUUAUGAUCGAGCGCCGUUUUACCGUACACCGCUCACGUUUGUGCUGUCGGCCAUCUGGCAUGGAGUUUACCCAGGAUACUACUUUACAUUCAUCACUGCUAUACCCAUCACCUUAGCAGCUCGCUCCGUGCGCAGAAACUUCCGGAAAUAUUUCUUGUCUUCUCAGCAGCUCAAGUUCUGCUAUGAUGUUGUGACAUGGGCUGCCACUCAGCUGACUAUCUGCUACACUGUCAUGCCCUUCCUUCUGCUGGCGUUGGAGCCCACCUUGAAGUAUUACAGAUCGAUGUACUUUCAUGUGCAUGUCAUCAGCAUUCUGGCUAUGAUCCUCCUGCCCGGCAAACCCAAGAGCUUCAAGCCUGAAAACCAUGACCUGCAUUCCAACAACAAUGUGAAGGAGGACUGA